CUCUCUUUCCCAUUUCACGUUGCUACCAUCCAUUCAACAUAAAAACUGAUUCCAUCUUUAAGAUACAUGUCUCCAGCCAAAGCAGAAAAGUGGAGUAGCAUAAUCUUGAAUCUGUGUAUCAAGCUGUCGUUUUGUUGUAUUGAGAAGUUGACUUAAGAUGGACCCUGAUGAAAGGUUGCGUACAGACCCAUGGACAAAGUCAUCCUCACCUGCCACUGCCAGUGAUGCACUAAGGCAAUUAUCCCCUGACAAUCAAUCUUUUACGAAUUUUAGCUCGCAGCAGCAAAAGUGGGAACAUUCUUCAUCAAUGGAUUAUAGAACUAGGAUUGAACAACAAUUCUCUGAAUUUACCAGUCCAUCAGAAAAUUUAUCUUCAGCAGCUUGUGGAGCCAAUAACCAAACCAAAAAUCACGGUCACGAAGAUAAGCGAAUGCGAGAAACUUCUAAUUCAAAUAAUGUCCAAGAUUGGGAUCCUAGAGGGAUGCUAAAUAAUCUCUCUUUCCUGGAGCAAAAGAUUCAUCAACUGCAGGAUCUAGUACAUCUGAUUGUUGGGCGGAGAUGCCAAGCUGUUGGCCAAUCAAAUGAACUUCUAGUUCAGCAACAGCAGCUUAUUACUGCUGAUCUCACUUCUAUAAUCGUUCAAUUGAUAUCUACUGCUGGGAGUCUUCUUCCAUCUGUGAAGCAUUCCCUCUCCUCUGUUAAUCCUCCUGUCACUCAGCUUGGGCAGUUUGGAGGAUCCAUAACUCCUCCUGUUACAAGUUUUGACAACAGUGGUAGGGUGGUGCACUGUAAUGUGAAAAAGGUAGAAGAUCAACCAAAUGAGGUGGACCUAAUAGGAAAUGCUGGUAUUGAACAGAACUAUGUGGUUGAAGAGCAUGAAUCCAAGGAUGAGGAGGACGCUGACGAAGGAGAGAAUCUACCACCUGGUUCUUAUGAAAUUUUGCAACUAGAGAAGGAGGAAAUUCUUGCUCCUCACACUCACUUCUGCACCAUCUGUGGGAAAGGAUUUAAAAGGGAUGCAAAUUUGAGGAUGCACAUGAGAGGUCAUGGGGAUGAGUACAAAACUCCAGCAGCUCUUGCAAAACCCAACAAGGAAUCCACCUCUGAGCCAACUCUCAUUAAGAGGUACUCCUGUCCUUUUGUUGGCUGCAAGCGCAAUAAAGAUCAUAAAAAAUUCCAGCCUCUUAAGACAAUCUUGUGUGUGAAGAAUCACUAUAAGAGAACUCAUUGCGACAAGAGCUACACUUGUAGCCGGUGCCACACAAAGAAAUUCUCAGUCAUAGCUGAUCUCAAAACGCACGAAAAGCAUUGUGGCAGAGACAAGUGGCUUUGCUCUUGUGGAACAACUUUCUCUAGGAAGGAUAAGCUUUUUGGACAUAUUGCUCUUUUUCAAGGCCACACCCCCGCAAUUCCCCUGGAUGAAUCUAAAGUAUCAGCUGGGCAAUCAGACGCAGGGCAAACCAAUGAACUAAUAAAUAAAGUGGAGCAAAUAGAUUUCAGUGCCCAGUCAAACAUUCCUAGUGGAAGCGGGUAUCAAAAUGUUAUGGAUGGUAAAGGAAGUAUAGAUGAUCCUGCCAGUUAUUUUUCACCUUUGAACUUUGAUCCAAAUAAUCUUAGUGGGUUGCAUGAAUUUCCUAGACCCUCAUUUGAAGACUCAGAAAGUUCCUUCUGUUUUUUACUCUCAGGGUCAUCUGAAUACCAUCAGAAGACAGGAAGAUUUUCAGGUUCUGGUAAUCUAUAAUAGCAUCUACCACUGGAUUUUCAUCCCUGAUAUUGAUAUUUUUAUCAGAAGACAGGAAGAUGUCUGCUUCUCCUGUGACAUUGAAUAAAACCGUCCGUUCUUUAGCACGUAUAUGUUGGUACACUAUGAAAUGUUACAUCUUAUUUUUAAUAAAUGAAAAAAGCCGCCUCCAUCUAAUGGUC